ACAAGUGCUUCCAAUUUAGGCUUAAUGAGGCCGUUCUUCCAGUCUGUGCUAUCUUGUUUUGCGCGUUCGAAGAACAAAGAUUGAACAAUACACAAUGUCGUUUCGGCAUCUGCUUGUGUUCGCACUCAUCGCCUACUGCGUUCGAUCGGAAAAGGCGUCCGAUAAGUACACCAAAAAGGCAAACGUACUGCCAGACUCGGAGAUCUAUGAGCCUGAUUUUCGCAACAUUCAGCGACCGUUUCGGAUGGCCAAGCUGAAUCUCGUUUGGACGAAAGCCCAACAGCGACUUACCGAACCGAAGUUGAAGUCGCUGUAUACCGAACUUAAGCUGCACGAUAAGGAAGAGAUCACCUACAAGCAGCUGAAGGAGAAAGAUAAAGAUGGGCUGAAGGAGGCCCAGCUCCGGGAGAAGCUGGUACGCAUCAUGAGCACCUACGGGUUGCUGGAGCACUUUGACGAAACGCAGGAUCCCGAGAAGUACAAACAACACAAACCGGCCAACGGGGCCAAGGAUGCGUACAAAAACAAGAGUCUGUUCAAGGACAAGAAGCUGAACAAAUUGUGGGACAAGGCGGAAACGGCCGGCUUCACGACGGAGGAGCUGGACGCGCUGCGGGAAGAGUUUGAGCACCACCAAACGAAGAUUGAUGUUUAUUACAAUUUGCUCGAGCAGCUCGGUGAUGAUACCGAUCCGGGCCAGGACGAUGAUGCGCAUCUGAAUGCGAUCAACGACGACGAGCAGGAUCGCUAUAAUGAGAUCGAUCGGGGCGAGGAACCGGCACCGGCACCGGCCAACAAGCAGCACGCGUACCUGCAUAAAUCGAACCAACUGCGUGAUAAGCACCGCGACAUUCGCGACAAUUUCGAUCGCUUGGAGCGCAUCUCCUCGCAGGGUCCGAAGAGUCAAGAUUUUGUCGAGCCGAAGGUGCAGGGCCUCUGGCGGGUGGCACUGGCCAGUGACUUUAGUGCGGACGAGCUGGCUUCGCUCAAGGUGGAACUGCUACAUUACGAAAGUCGGCUGCUGAAGUUGCGCACCAUGCACGCGGAACAUGCGCUCAGCAUCGAGAAGCACAAACACAGCGAUGCGAAAGCGGACACGCACAAACUGAUGGAGGACAACAUCAAGAAGCAGACGCGCAAGGUGGAAAAGAUACAGGAAGAGGUGGAGCGAAGAAUCUUCAAACACUCGGAACUCUAGGCGGGCACGCUUCACUCGAAUUAACAUUUGUAGGGAACUGGCCAAGAAUAUCAAAGCAAUGGUUAAAAAGAGAACGUUAAGAAAGUUUGUGGUGAUUUUUCAACCACUAGAAAGAGAUCGGAGGAAAAUCAUCAAUUGAAUAAAACACAACCAU